UGGGGGGAGCACCUUCAGCACGUCCCCAGCCUCACUGGGGUUUCUGUUUUAUUUCUCACUCUUUGGGGGGGGGGGACCAAAAAAACCAUUUUGGUCUCCCCAUGUCCCUUUCAGCCCUGCGUGUCAGCUCGCUCAAGAUCCGCUUUCCUUCACGUCAAUGACCCUGGCCUUUUCCAUCCCAGUAUAACAAGACUCCAGGACCUCAAGAUGGACUACAGUUCCUACAGCGGCGUUCCAAGGUUCCUGACCAGGCCUAAGGCCUUCGUGGUAUCCAUGGGGAAAGAUGCCACCCUAAGCUGCCAGAUCAUUGGAAACCCCAUUCCGUUGGUGAGCUGGGAGAAAGAUAAACUCCCUAUCCAGACGGGGGGAAGGUUUAAAAUGGUGGAAGACGGCGACUUGUAUCGUCUGACGAUUUAUGACCUCAGCCUGGAAGACAGUGGCCAGUACAUCUGCCGGGCCAAGAACACCAUCGGGGAAGCUUUCGCCGCCGUCAGUAUCAAAGUCGGGGAGCAAACCACUGUGACCGAAUCGGCCCCUUACUUCAUCCAGAAGCCCACGUCCAUCAGAGUGAUCAUGGGGGAAGACGCCAUGUUCAAAUGCAUCGUUCAGGGCAGCCCUCCUCUUUCUGUGAACUGGGAGAAAGACGGGCGGCACCUGGGCGGGCGGGCAGAGUCUAACCGUAUCCAGAUUGACUCUCAGGGGGAGAAGAACGCCCUCAAGAUCCAAAGCACGCGGUUGGUGGAUAGCGGGACGUACACCUGCCGCGCAGAAAACCCUCUUGGGGCCGCCAGUGCCGCGGCCGCAUUGGUUGUGGAUAGUCCAGAUUCUUACAGCCCGGGUGGCACUCGGCACAGCGUAGACACGGGCUACAGCCAGACUUCGCCGCUGCUGUCACACUUGCAAAAAAGGCGGGAAGAGAUCAGAAAGACGGACCUAUCCACUACCGAUUCGGUGAUCUCCACGGCGUACUCCUCCACCGAAGGACGGUCAAAAAUCGGCUUGAACCUCUCCCUCGACUACGAGAGGGCCGCCAGCUUGACCGCCAAGAGCUUCCGGAGCGACAGUUCUUCCUACGGCGUGACGACGCGCAGCUUCACGGUGACAGAGGGGAAACAUGCCAAGAUGAGCUGCUACGUUACGGGAGAACCCAAGCCGGAGAUUGUGUGGAAGAAGGACGGAGAGGUCAUCCUGGAAGGGCGGAGACACAUCAUUUACGAGGACGAGCAGGAGAAUUUUGUGCUGAAGAUCCUCUUCUGCAAGCAGAUAGAUAACGGUCUCUAUACUUGCACGGCUUCCAACCUGGCGGGGCAGACGUACAGCUCCGUGCUGGUCACAGUCAAAGAACCGAGGAUCCCUUUCAAAGCGAAGCUCAGAGAUCUGGAAGUCCGGGAAAAGGAAUCGGCGACUUUCCAAUGUGAGGUCCCCGUGCCGAGCACGGAAACCACCUGGUUCAAAGAAGAGACAAAACUCCAACAGAGUAAGAAGUAUGACAUCGAAGAACAAGGGACGUGUCGGAAGCUGACGGUCCAGAAUGUCACCAUGGACGACGAUGCCGUCUACAUCUGUGAGAUGAAGGAAGGUAGCAGAACCAUUGCCGAGCUGACGGUCCAAG